CUUCGUAUCCGGGGAGAGCUAGACCGGGUAGUCGUCAACGAGUGCCAUCUUACGUUUACUACUACUAACGAGUACCGGAGGAAGCUCCGGGGCCUGGUACUCCUACGCAACCUGGGCUGCCCAUUCGUAUUCCUGACUAGGACCUUACCGCCACUCUACUAG